UUUUAGGGUUUUGGAACUUUUUGGUUUUUGCGUUAUUGGUUACUAUUUCAAUCCCCCCUCUUUUUUCAAAGGCAUUUCCAUAAUAAAAGAUUUAAAUUGUCAUUGAUUUUUUUUUCUCCAAAAUUUUAAAUACAAACACGCACACACCACAAGUGACAAGCAAAGAAAGAAUUGUCCGCACUUUAAAAUAAACCAUCAUUCAUUCGAAAUUCUUUACGACCAUCUUUAAUAGCCACAAAAAUAAAACAAAACAGAAUAAAUAAACAAUUUUCCUUUGGAUCUCAUUUCUCUUCUCUCUUUCGUUCCAUUAUACUCUCUUCUCAUAAUCAAAUUCAUUCUCUGUUCAUUUUAAUUGAUUAUUUUAAUCUAUAGCCAAAAUGUCUCAACAUUUAUUAGCCAAUCCAUCACAGAUAUUCAGAUCGGCUACAAAUGGUGGCCAAACUACUAAUGGUGACAUGACCACGUCUGUCAAUGGUAAUCAUUCGGCAAAGAAUGGUGCCUACAACAAAGAUCAUGACUAUGAUCAAUCGUUGAUUAAUCGUAAGCUACCCAAAGAACUAUUGCUACGCAUCUUCUCUUAUUUGGAUGUCAUAACAUUGUGUCGUUGUGCUCAGGUAUCUAAGAGUUGGAAUGUACUUGCUUUGGAUGGCAGCAAUUGGCAAAGUGUUGAUCUAUUUGAUUUUCAAACCGAGAUCGAAGGCCGUGUCGUAGAGAAUCUAUCCAAACGAUGUGGUGGUUUUUUACGGCGAUUAAGUCUUCGCGGCUGCAAAUGCAUAACGGAUGCUGCGUUGAAAACAUUUGCUCAAAAUUGUAACAAUAUUGAAGCGUUAAAUUUAUUUGAUUGCAAACAAAUAACUGAUGCUACAUGUGUACAGCUUAGUCAUUAUUGUCAUGAGUUACUUCGUCUUAAUUUAGGAUCUUGUAUAGAGAUAACUGACCUGUCACUAAUAGCAUUAAGUGUCGGAUGUGUUAAUCUGGAACAUUUGAAUAUAUCGUAUUGUGACAAGAUCACCAAAAAUGGUAUUGAAAAAUUGGCCAUGGGAUGCCAUAAUCUCAGUGCCUUCAUUAGUAAAAUGUGUACCAAUGUCAAUGAUGAAGCGAUCGGCUAUUUAUCACAGAAUUGUAAAUUACUUCGUACAGUCAAUCUACAUGGCUGUCAUCAGAUUACUGAUGAGGCAAUACAAAAUUUAGCUUCAAAUUGUCUGAAUCUACGUUACUUAUGCGUUUCCAAUUGUACGAAUUUGACCGAUCAAUCAUUAAUAUCAUUGGGUCAACAAUGUCAUCAAUUGGUUACAUUAGAAGUGUCUGGUUGUAAUCAGCUAACUGAUAAUGGAUUUCAACGUUUGGCAAGAAAUUGUCAUUCUUUGGAAAAAUUAGACCUUGAGGAAUGUAUCCUCAUUACCGAUAACACACUCUCGCAUUUGGCUAAUGGAUGCCCUUUACUGCAAAAUUUGAGUCUUUCACAUUGUGAAUUAAUCACUGAUGAAGGAAUCCGUCACAUUGGAACUAGUUCGGGUUCAUCCGAACAUUUGCAGGUACUCGAAUUGGACAAUUGUCCAUUGAUAACCGAUAGUUCAUUGGACCAUUUAAUAUCUUGCUAUAAUUUAAGACGUAUUGAGCUUUAUGAUUGUCAAUUGAUAACCAAAUCAGGAAUCCGUCGACUGCGAUAUCACUUACCUAACUUGAAAGUACAUGCUUAUUUUGCACCGGCCACGCCACCACCAUCGAUCACGCCACGAACAAGAUAUUGUCGUUGUUGUAUAAUCUUAUGAUUCGUAAUGAUCAUUGCGAUGGAAACUGUGACGGAUAUGUUGGCCUUUCCCCAUAUUUAUUUUUUGUUUAUUUUUUUUCUUGAUCUUGUUUUAAAGAACUUAUUUUUCUUUCA